AUGGAUAUUGACCAUGAUGAGGGUGAUGAGAGUCUCGAGAUGACAAUUAUCUUAGCGGCUAUAGCUGUUGUCAUAGCAGUGGAGCGGUAUAAAAAAUUGUUCCUUGUUAAAGGGCCUUACUAUAAUUUGACCCUCCAUGGCACUGCUGAGACACAACUAAUUAUAGGUGCUACCGAGAAGGCAUGUCGAGAUAUGUUGAGACUGAGAAAGAGAGCCUUCUUUAGCUUAAUUCGUUUGAUGUGGGAGAGGGGGCUUCUGUGUGAUAGCAAAACAGUGCAAGUUGAGGAGCAAGUAGUGAUAUUUCUACACACGAUAGCCCAUAAUGUUAAGAACCGAGUUAUGGCUCUUAGAUAUGGCCACUCUGGUGAGACCAUAAGUAGGUAUUUUAACAUAGUAUUGCAUGCAAUAUUAAAAUUGUAUCCAGUAUUAUUGAAGCCCCCAAGUACCACAACACCUCAGCGAAUCUCAAAAGACCGCAGAAGGUUCUACCCAUACUUCAAGGAUUGCAUUGGAGCCAUCGAUGGUUUGCAUAUCCCAGCAUGGGUUACGGUUGACAAACAUCGGAGAUUUCGCGAUAGGAAGGGUGAUAUAUCUCAAAAUAUCUUAGCUGCUUGCAAUUUUGACAUGAAGUUUACAUACAUACUUUCUGGCUGGGAAGGAUCGGCAUCAGAUGCUCGAAUCUUAGAUCAUGCCAUUCAUAAGGAAGGAGCAGGAAAACUAGUGGUACCCCAAGGUAAAUUUUAUCUUGUCGAUGCUGGGUUUGCCAACCAGAGUGGGUUUUUGCGACCAUACCGUAAUGUUAGGUAUCAUCUCAAAGAGUGGAACAACUCCAAUUUGAGGCCAGCUGAUAAAAAAGAGUUGUUUAACUUGCGACAUUCUAGUCUGCGCAAUGUAAUUGAACGGUCGUUUUCUCACUUGAAGUCAAGAUUCAAGAUAUUGAAAACUCAAGCAGAAUACCCUUUUGAUACGCAAGCCAACAUUGUGAUAGCCUGUGCUAUUUUACAUAAUCAUAUUCUUACACAAAAUAGUGUUGAAGAAGAAGAGGCUUUUCUUGCGCAAGAGGAUGCAACUGUGGGACCCAGUUCAAGUGCCCAACCCAAUCAGAGAUGUGAAGCAGAUGUGGAAGAUGAUUCUGACAUUGAUGAUGAGAGUAUGGAUAAUGUUGAUUGUAACCAGUUCCGAGAGCAGCUAGCUGACAACAUGUGGGAUGAUUAUGUGGCAAGAGUUGAUGAUUUGGUCGAUGAUUCUGUUGAUGAUGAUGAUGAUGAUGAUAUGUUUGACAAUCCUGUUAAUGAUGCUGAUAUGUUUGUUGAUCCUGUGUCUGAUGAAGAGUGA